AUGCUUCAGACUCCCGCGACAGUCGCGUCGGACGGAGAAGAGUGUUCUGUACAGCCCUGCGAGGACUAUCGACCUCCUAACUGCACUUCUGAAGAUCAACCCGAUCCUGAACCUGUCAACAAUGACAUUGAUGCUCAAAUUACUGGCGAGCUGCCCUUGAAUGGUGACAAUGCUGUGCUCAACGUGGACAUUUGGAACCUGGAAGAUCCCCAGCAGUCCAUGCCAAUCAAUGCCGAUACGUUCACGGACCAAGACUGGACACUUGCAGGCAGCGCCGGAAUGCUGGAGAUGCAGGUCACGACCAACCCUAAAGCGGCGUACAAGUUCAAGGUCAAGCCCAUGGUCGACCAGACUGGCCCGAGGCUUCCGACGACCAACGCGGACUCUCAGGCCCUUGCAGGUUGGUGGUCGGAUCCGAUGCAGCAUAAUGUCUUCUUCUCCACGAAUAGGCCGUUCCUUGGACCGCCAGCUACUGACAGUUCACACCCGAGUCUAACGUUCCCCCGGUACUGUUCACCUGUGAGCUACUCAGAUAAGCACGUCUGCAGCUUUAUUGAAGAAGGUCGACGAGAGCUACAGCAAGGCCAUUUCGAGGCUCGAACAGCACCGACACUGAAGCGGCUGCUGUCUGAUCCACCGUUCGAUUGUUUGUCUUUUCGCCUGUUGCAAUUCAUUAAAAGAUACGGUGCUGUGCCGUUGCAGAAUCUUUUGUUCACUUUUUGGGUGCAAUACUUAUUUCUCCGGUGGCAGAUUCUGGGCACCUCCGAAUCAUACUAUCAGAUGCCCGUGUUCAUGCGCCCUUCAGCGCUAGAAUGCAUCGUCCCUCAUCGCCCAUUCAUCGGCAUGCUUGUCUGGCCAAAUCUCCGGCAAGCGCUCAUCAGAGAUACGAACGAUGUUGAUGCCGAACUGAUUGGAACACACCUUUUUGAGAACCUAUCCCGCAACUGGGCACACGAUGAAACUGCUUUUCCGGAGAUCAAGCCAGGAACAAUGGACUUGUUCGACCUGAUCCAGCAACAAGCGUGCACGCUGGACGUCUGGAAAGUCAACCCGGCCUUUUUCAGCGUUUACCCUCAGUACGUAAACUACUUAGAGGCUGAGAGCUAG